AUGCGGCGAAACAGCGAAUCGUCGCAAUAUCACGAUGAAACUCCUCGCAGAAGAGUUCGCAGGACGCCUUCUCAUGACUUGGAAAGACAUCAUAGCAAUGAUAUUAAAGUGGCCAGGUCGUUGGAUGGUGUAGAAAAUGUGCCGACCUCGCCUUACUCGCAAGCCUCAUUUCAAUAUCUAGGACCUCAUGGAGCCAGUUCGACUCCAAGUCCGACUCGAUCGGUGCAACCUGUUAGCCCUCAUAGAAGCGUGAGCUACCAUGGAUUCCAGCGUAGUUUUAGUCAGCCUGUGGGGUCAACAGGAGAAAUGUCUCCCUGUUCCCCAUUUCCUCACCCAGUUGUUUCGCCAUCACAUUACCAGUCUUCUUCACCAAUGCAUGUGUCCCCAGCUCUGUCUCCUUCAGCUCUCCCUUCCACGCCUUCAUGCGCAACACCUAGUAGUGUAACAUACACGCUUUCUCGUGGUCCAGGCUCAAUGAGUCCCAGAGGCUCAAGUUUAAAAACUCCUGAAUUUUAUGCAGGGAUGCCAGAUGCAUCUCAGUUAAGUCCUGCGGAUCCGAACUUUACAGUUCCUUAUUCAUCUGAACCUUUCUCUAAUCCCAGGGAUCAGUUUGUUUACAGUGGGGGAAGUCCCUCUCAAGGCGGCACCAUUCAUCAUCUCGGGUACAACACAUCUCACAGGACACAGUCAUUACAGAAUCCAGCACUAUUUACAAAUCAGUUGUCACCUGGUCGAAAUCAACCCACAGGAAAUGCUUUGAAUCCUCAUGGUUCAGUCAGUGUUAGCAGAAAUCAUGGUGUAGCAAACAGGGGAGAUAAAUCUCCCGGAUUCCCUGUAUCAUCUGAUUUACUUGAAACAGGAAAGUUACGACAGCUUGUAAUUGGAUAUUAUAAUGGAGAAAUUGAAACCUUAAAGGCAAAUUAUCGUGAGAAGCUACAAGAGUUGUUUUUUCUUCAAAGUGGAGGCAAUAUGAUGGAUUUCUUAAUAUGGAAAAAGAGGCCAAGUCCACAAUUUUUACAGUUUCUCAACUCAAAUCGCUUGGAUGAUACAUCUGGUAUGAAUCCUUCACUUACUGCAAUGACUGUGUCGCCAUCUUCUAGGUUACCACAAAGUUUUAUGUGGCCUCAGCAACAAGCAGAUGCUAGCAAUGCUGGUGUUACAGACUUGACUGCAUUGCAAAGACAAGUUCAUGAACAAGCUGGUCUUGAUCCUCGAAAAUCAGUGCCAGGCAAUUUCAAUGCAAAUUCUAAUUAUAACCCCCAAAUUUCUGAUGGAAUUGCACCUAAUGUUUCUCCAUUUACUGGAAACCAACCUCUUUCAAGAACAAAUGUAGUCAGCAACCCUCCUCCAUUUUCUAGGUCAAUGUCAUUACCAAAUCCUCCUCUAGAAAUGCAUGUUCCGUCUGGCCAUGGGACCAAUCAUUUCGAAAGUAAUCAUGCAGCAGUAGGCACAGUGGCCAAAAGCCAUGUGUCUGGUGUCAGUGCAGUUCAAUCUGGAGUGCCAAAUCAGGCAAUAUCUAAUGGACCUACUGUGCAUCCUCAUGGAGCGAGAAGCACCAGAGGACAAUCGUUAUCCUCCAUGCUUGAACAGUCUUUCAGCAGUACAGAGGAUAUUGCCGUAGAAGCAAAGAAAGAGGCAGAAGUACUCAAAAGAGUUUCUGAACUGCGUAAGGAAGGUCUCUGGUCUUUGACCCGUCUCCCUAAAGUCAAGGAAUCAGAUAGGUGUAAAGCACACUGGGACUAUCUCCUUGAAGAGAUGACCUGGUUAGCAACUGACUUUGUGCAGGAA